UUAGUAAACAAUAAUGAUCUUUUAAAAUUUUUUUUUGCUUGUUGAUAUUUUGUAUAAGUAUAUUUUAUAUAAAUAAUGUUAUUUAGUUAUAUAUUUAUAUGUUUAUUAAUUAAUUUUGUAAAUAGUAAUUCUGAAUAUUGUGAAUUGACGAAAAGUUCUGAGCAAAAUUGCGGCAAUAAAUAUAUUAAUAACAAAAGAUAUAUUUUAUAUGACGUUAAUCCUUCAGAAGGAUUCAAUUUACGACGGGAUGUUUAUAUAAGGGUCGCAGUAUUUAUCAAAAAUUUAAUAAAACACGAUCAUAAAUAUCAAUGGCACUUAGUUCUGCCUCCUUGGAAUAAUUUGUAUCACUGGAGAAGUAGAGACAUUGAACAAAAUAAAUUACCUUGGGGUUUAUUUUUCAAUGUUGAUAGUAUGAAAAAAUAUAUACCAGUUAUGGAAAUGUAUGAGUUUAUAGAAGAAUAUGACUCAAAAAACAAAAUAACGAAUUUGGACAAAGUCUUAGUCCUGCAAAACGACCCGAAGAUGUUCGAAACCGGAGACUUUAAGGACAAAAGCAUUAUAGUUGAAUGCACUAACGUGAGAUUUAAAAAAAAAGGGGGCAAAGUUACUGGAUUUUUUUGGGGGUAUGAUAAUAUUACUGCCAGUGAAUUGAAUUGCAUCGAAUUUCACGGAACUACUUCAAGGCUGGUUAAUAAUUUGAACCCUUCUGUUGAUAAGUCAUAUAUGAUUGAUCAUAUGGAGAUUCCUCUGCAUGAUCACUAUGGAUCAGGAGAUUUCUGGUCAGCGAGACGCAGCAUGCGUUACAAUAACGAGUUAUAUGAAAUAGCUAAUGAGUUUCGGGAGAAAUUUCUCAAUUCAAGUGACGGUCGGGACAAAACUGAGAGACCAGAGGAUUGGAGGGAGGAAAAAAGUGGACGAAAUGCUAUCGGAGGUCCCUAUUUGGCGGUCCAUCUUCGAAGACGCGAUUUUCUGACAGGAAGAUCUGAGUCGGUUCCGACGAUAAAGAGCGCGGGAAGACAAUUAAUUGAAAAGUUGAAGGAACUUGACCUGGGUACUGUUUUUGUGGCAACUGAUGCGGAUGGUGAAGAGUACAAGGAGUUGAAAAAACAUUUAAAAGGAUACAAUGUGUAUAAAUAUAUACCCACGGAUUAUGUGAAAAAUAAAUUCAAAGAUGGGGGAGUGGCGAUCGUUGACCAGAUAAUAAGUUCAUAUGCGAGAUACUUUAUAGGAACAUAUGAGUCAACAUUUACAUUUCGCAUUCAAGAAGACCGCGAAAUAUUGGGAUUCAAAAAAAAGACGACAUUUAAUAGCCUCUGUGGGAAAAAAAAGUGCCAAAAAUCUAGUCAAUGGACGAUUACUUACUAGAGAUUA